UGCUUCAUUUCCCCUUCCUAAUACUUAUAUGCAUCGCCUUCUCACAUUCCCAAAGCAACACAACUCUUCUCCUCUCAAAUAUAUAGCAUUCCAGUAUUAAUUCAAAUAAUCUGUAUUAUUAUUAUGGCUGCACUACUAGCUUAUUAUCUGGUUUUGUAUCUUUAUUUGCAUGCAUGCACCGCUAGACUUCUAAUGGUUUUGGAUAAAAAAUCUGUUGCUGGUCAACUUCAAUUUCGGAGCAAGGAAUCAAACAUCGUUGAUCAGUUGGAUAAUAACAAGUUUUUAUCAGCUCAAAACAAUGAAGGCAAAACAACAAAAGGUUCACAAUCAUGGAAGAUUUUGCAUCAUCGGGAUACUGAAGCAAAGAUAUGGAAGAGAAGAGAACGGAUGAUGGUGUCAGACGCCGAGGAAAAUGUGAGCGCUAAGGAUAAGGGCGCGGUGGAAGAUAUCGUAGUCAUGGAUUAUGCCCAACCCCAUCGCAAACCGCCUAUUCAUAACAAAGGCACCUAAUAUUCCAAUCUUCAUUUCUUCUGUUUUUGUUUUUCAAUAUUUAUUUUUGGGUUUAUGGACAAAAAGAAGCAGGGGCACCAGCUCAGAAUUUAAACAUGUAACAAUAUUAAAUCUGAUAACUAGAAAUGAAUUACGAUAAUAUUUGAUCAAUAAGUUCAUGCAAGUUUUG